UCGAACCCCUUCCCAACAAUUCUCUCUCUUUUUGUUUUGCUUCUGUUUGUUCCAGUGCAAGUGUGCUUUGUCUUGUUCUGUUUUUUACUCUGUUUCCUUGGGUGAAGUGUUUUAUGUAUGUCAUUGAAGUUUUGAUUUUUCAAGAGGGUGUUUCUGUGCUGGAAAAAUGUUUGCAGAGACUGGUCUUUUCUUCCCAUAUUUGCAGAAUUUCUCUCAGGAGAUUCAACAACUUGAUGAGUACUGCAUGAUCCAAAAGUCCAAUGCUUCAAUGAUUGACCUUGUUCAAUCUUCUGCAAUGUCAGAAUUUGAUUUGUUAGUAGAGGGAGAUUUGUUCAAAGCACCUGAACCUAUCAUUCAAGAACCAUCAGUGGAUCUCGAUCCCAUGCAAGCAGCCAUGUCAAUGAUAUCUUGUGGGGAAGACGUAUCCUCACAGGGUCUAAAAUCCUCAGAUAUUGAUGUACUUCAAAAUGAACAGCUUCUGAGUGAUGUAUUCUAUGAGUGCAAAAAGGAUCUCUUAGAAAAGGUAGCGUUAGAGUCACCACUCUCUGAUAUUCUGGAAAUCAAGAUUCCUACUCUGAACAUAGAUGAAAUUUUAGUUCAAGAAAACAAACCACUUGCUGAUGUGCCGCUACCGAAGAGUGUCAGUUCUGGAAGUUUGAGUUCAAUGGACUGGAUGUAUGGAGCUGCAAUGAAACCUGCUUUCCUUGAUUUCCCUGGAAUAGAUUUCAAUGCAGUUAAUGGCAUGCGGAGAGCAUUUAGCGAAGGAGAUAUAAAGACUCUUGGUAGUGGUAACAUGAAUGUUGGCCAAUCUCCCCUUGAGAGGAAUUCUCUUCUCAGCAACUGCACUAGCGAGGAACGUCGAGAAAAGCUCUCAAGAUAUAGGAAUAAGAAGACAAAGAGAAAUUUUGGGAGGAAAAUCAAGUAUGCUUGCAGGAAGGCUCUUGCUGACAGUCAACCAAGAAUACGUGGAAGAUUUGCAAAGACGGAAGAGUUUGAUGUCAAAAGGCAAUGAAUGUUAAACUGAUUUAGUUGGAAGAAAGUAGGAAUCAAGUGGUUGUAUCUGAUCAAGAUAUACGGAAGAGCUUGGUAAUGCUAUGUGCGUUGAAAUCGUAGAGUUCCAUAACUUGAACAGGUACUGCUGAAUAAGACAGACCAGACCUCACCUUUGGGUAGUUCGCUUCUUAUCUGUUGUAAUAGCCUUCGUUGUAGAUGGAAAUGACCUUAUGGAUAUGUAAAUAGGUUUGUUGAAUAAAAGAAGGUAAAAU